AUGCAAUCGCAAAAAAAUUGGUUUAUUUCAGCAAUAGCUGGCCUUGCCGUUGCUGGUGUCCUAGCACUGUUACUAUCGAUUCUUGUCUGCUAUAUGCGUUCUCGUCCCGAAGGUGUCUACAAAACGAACGAAGGCGAAUGUAGUCCUUCACGAAGUGAGGAACCACUUGUGAAUGGAAUGCCGGCUGGUGGAAAAGAAUACUUUUGUUAG